AAUCACUUCUUUUUUAUUUUUUUUUUAUUUUAGACAAGAUAGAAAUAGUCGUUGGCCUCAGAAAGGCAACCUUGACCAUCAACUCCCAUAUAUAAUGGGCCCCUCUCCACAUCACCUACCCAACUCAUUUAACUGUCAACCGCAUUUCUUUUUCUUAUCUUCCCUCCCUUCUUUCUCUCUCCUCCACUGUUUUUAUCUUCCUCUGUUUUCCCCUGUUUUUUUAUUCCAUCUAUUUUGAUUAAUUUUGAUCUUUGAAUUCAAAAAAUUAAAAAUGUGGACUGGAGGAGCGGAUAAUCAAGGGAACUUCCUCGGCCGGAUAAGUAUUCGUCGUAAUCAAGUCGCUUCGAUGGAGGGAGAAAUUGAAGAUUUAGAGCUUUUCCAAAGAAAAAUUGCUGAUCGAUUUUCUGAUCUUUUACCUCCUAAUAAAAAAGACACCCAUCAUUCGGCUUCAAUACCGACAUCAAUAUCGAUCUCAUCUGCCGCCAGUGAUUCUCCUAUAUCGGGUGAUAUCGACGGGGAUUCUAGCCCCUUUUGGGGUAGUGAUACUCUUCUUUCUAUUGCUUGGAUUAGGAAACUUCUUGAUGCAUUUCUUUGUUGUGAGUCGGAGUUUAAGGCUGUGUUGUUGAUUGGGCGGGAACCGUCGCAGGUUGCGAAAUCGCCUCUCGAUCGAUUUAUUCCUGAUUUGUUGGAUAGGGCUGUUAAGGGUUUGGAUAUUUGUAAUGCGAUUAAUCAUGGUAUUGAUGCUAUUAAGUUUAUGCUAAGUCAAGCUCAGAUUGUUGUCUCUGCUUUGGAACAGAGGCCCUGUACCGAUGGACAGAUUCGGAGGGCAAGAAGAGCACUCGCAGCACUACAAGGUUCAAUUGUGGUGGAUGAAAAGGAAAAUACGGGCAAGUCGCCCGAGCGAUCAUGGUCCUUUGGGAAGCGCUCAAGUGGCGCGUCAUCGAAAGACCGGCACCACGCGCCGAACUUCAAGUCUCUAUCUUGGAUAGUGGCCAAGAAUUGGUCAGCUGCCAAGCAAGUCCAAUCAAUCUCCUCCAAUCUCACCGCGCCACGCGGUGGGGAAUCGACAGGGUUGGCCCUCACUGUAUACAUCAUGAACGUGGUCCUAGUUUUUGUAAUGUGGGCUCUAGUCGCAGCUAUUCCUUGUCAGGACCGGGCAGGGCUCGGGACCCACAUCCCGAUUCCAAAACAAUCAAACUGGGCCCACAGCAUCUGUGGGCUCCAGGAAAAAAUAGCUGAGGAGUGGAAAAGGAAAGAAAAAAAAGGUUCGCCAGGACUAAUGGAAGAAGUGGUUAAAAUUGAUAAAUUGGCUCAAUCUUUGGUGGAUUAUGCUGAUAAUUUUCAGUACCCCAUGGAGGAGGAGAAGGAGGCCGAAUUGGCCACCCAAGUCGCCGAGCUAGCUGAGAUAUGCCGGAAAAUGGAGGAUGGUCUCGGCCCGUUACAACUACAGAUUAGGGAGUUGUUCCAUAGACUUGUUAAGACUCGUGCAAUAAUACUUGAUGUCCUUGAUCAAGCAGGCAAAUCAUCUACUCCUAAUGUAUAGGUUAGAAAUAAAACAUUUUUUUUUUAAUUUAUAAUUUUUGGGUUUAAUUUUUUAAUUCUGUUGUGUUAUGUAAAUUUUUUCAUCUGGAAAUGUCUUUUUUCCAAAAGAUGUAAAAUGUUAAAAAAAAAAAGGGUAAAAUUUAAGGUAGAAUUAGUGUUUAGUACAGGUUUUAAUAGGGAGUUUUUGGGCUUUCAUGCUUGCUUAAUUGCAUAUAUGCUAAUUUGGGUGCUUAGCUUGUGUCAUCUAAGCUUUAGAAUAGCUGAUUUGGGGCAUGACUUUCUAUACAUAGAAAUACUAAAAUUAGUGGGAUGUUUUUCUUGUAAUUUGUAUGUAUCUUUUCAUCUUUUGGGCAUUUGGAGUGAAUGUAAUACUCUUCUCUGGAUUGGUAUAAAUUGUAACAUAUGCAUAAAUAGAUUAUUCUAAUCAAAAGUAAAAUAAAGGUCUUACAUCUUUUCUUGUAA